AUGGAGGAUUUGGGUCUGUUUGGAAUCAGUGGUUGGGUCAACCUCAGACUCAACUGGGAGGAAGAGUCGUACCCAGUGCCCAAAGACUUUUUGGUCCUUCCUUUGUUUGUUCUUCUCUUCCCUUCACUCAGGCUCUUCCUGGACAUUUAUGUCUUUGAGGGAUUAGCAAGACGCCUUAUGUUGGGAAAGCAGCAUGCAAUGCUGAAUGUUGAGACACGCCAUCAACGGAAGAAAAUUAAUAAAUUCAAAGAGUCAGCAUUUAAAUGUGUUUAUUUUUUCUCUGCGGAGCUUUUGGCCCUUUCUGUUACGCACAACGAGCCUUGGUUCUCUAAAACCAAAUACUUCUGGGUAGGGCCAGGCGAUCAGGUUUGGCCCGACCAGAAAACUAAAUUAAAAUUGAAGGCACUGUACAUGUAUUCCGCCGGAUUCUACAUCUACUCCAGCUUUGCUUUGGUGUUCUGGGAAACAAGGCGUUCUGACUUUUUGGUGUCAAUGGCUCAUCAUAUAGCAACUACGGUUUUACUUGUGUCUUCUUACAUAUUCAAGUUUUCUCGUGUUGGCUCGAUUAUUUUAGCCCUCCAUGAAGGAUGCGAUGUGUUCUUAGAGAUUGCAAAGUUGUCAAAAUAUUGUGGCUAUGAACUGAUGGCUGGCUUUGCUUUUGUUAGUUUUGUUCUUUCUUGGACAGUACUGCGUCUUAUUUAUUUUCCAUUUUGGAUAAUUUGGAGUACCAGCUACGAGGCUCUUUUGACCUUGGACAAGGAGAAGCACUUGGUGGAUGGAUCUAUAUAUUAUUACUUGUUUAAUACUCUUUUACUUUGCUUGCUCAUUUGUCAUAUUUAUUGGUGGAUGUUGAUGGUUCGGAUGCUCAUGAAGCAAAUUCGUGCAAGAGGGAAAAUUGAUGAUGAUGUUCGAUCUGAUUCUGAAGGUGACGACGAACAUAACGAUUGA